AUGCAGACUUCACUGAGCACGCCUGUGCCCGUGCUCAGGCUGCCCCGAGGCCCCGAUGGCUCAAGCCGUGGCUUUGCCCCUGAUGUACGCAGGGCCCUGCUGAAGCCAGAUACCCAGGAGUCUCGCGAGAUUCAAGAAUCUCGGGAAUCUCAAGAACAGCGGGCCCGAGCCAGCCUCCGGGAGCGCUUCCUCCGCAGCCUGUUGGCCAUGGGGGGUCACCAGGUGAGCUUCACAUUGCACGAAGGUGUGCACGUGACUGCCCAUUUUGGAGCCACCGACCUUGACGUAGCCAACUUCUACGUGUCGCAGCUGCAGACUCCCAUAGGUGUGCAAGCCGAGGCGCUGCUCCGAUGUAGUGACAUCAUUGCAUAUACUUUCAAGCCCUGA